CGGCGGGAGGAGAGAGGAGUCGGCAGUCUACCGGCGCGCGGGACCGAGGCCGCACAUCGCGCUGCGCACAGCCCACAGCUGUCAAACUACCGUAACACACUGUGAUAAAAACAAACAGCCACCUUAUAAUUACAAAACCACAAUACCAGUUUAACCGUACAAAUUCAACCAUUGUUCUGCAUUUAUUUUGUUAAUAUUUAACAAAUCAUGUGACGAUAGUUUAUGGACCGAAGCAUCGUCGGCGAAUUCGUAGUAAAACCUAACAAGUGGUCAUCGGACUUUAGCAACACAAGUUUUUUUUGUGACGUUUUUGGACGGCUGUCAAAGUUAAUGGUGCCGUUAAAAUAUUUCGUGUAAACAACCAUAGUUAAAUCAAAAUUCUAUGAAGUUGUCUCCCUAAUACAGUUAAAAUGGACUCUAAAGUAAUAUUGAAGGAGACAAACCCACAUGAUAAGGCUAACGUCAUAUCGAAGAUAUUCUUAUUAUGGAGCUUCAAGCUAUUCCACCGAGGGUACAAGCGUGGUUUAACAGUAGACGACCUGUCAAAGGCCCGUGACAAUGACCAGUCCACUCGGCUGGGUGACCGGUUGGAAGCGGCGUGGCAGCGCGAGGUGGACACUGCCAAGCGGGAGGGAGGCAAGCCCUCGCUGUCCAAGGCCAUCGUGCGCACCUUCUGGGUGGAGUACAUGAUGCUUGGCUUCUUCGUCGGGUUGCUAUUUAUCGUAUUAUGGCCUCUAUUACCGUACACACUAGGAUUAUUCAUAGGUUACUUCUCCGGCGAAAAAAAUGCGGAGACAUACAAAUAUGCUCACAUUUAUAAUUUCGCAAUGAAUAUGAUCAGCAUCAGUACGUCCAUGAUUCUGAACCACCUCUACCUGUCACAAGGAUGCGUAGGCAUGAGGAUACGGGUAGCCUGCUGCUCGCUCAUGUAUAGAAAAGUAUUAAAGCUGGACCGGAUCGGACUGAGCAAGACGGAGCCGGGGCAGGUGAUCAACCUGAUGUCGAACGACGUGAACCGCUUCGACCUGGUGAUGCUGUUCCUGCACUACAUCUGGGUGAUGCCGAUAGUGGUGCCGGUAGUCUGCUACCUGGUCUGGCAGCGGAUACAGUGGGCCACGUUUGCUGCGCUCGUUGUUAUCUUCGUCCAGACUGUCGCCAUUCAAGCGUACCUCAGCAACCGACAGGGAGUGCUCCGCGGCAAGAUCGCGAGACGAACAGACGAGCGAGUGAAGGUCAUGAGUGAGCUGGUCAACGGAGUGCAGGUCAUCAAGAUGUACGCCUGGGAGAGACCCUUCGAGAAACUCGUCGAGAAACUGCGCAAAAUGGAGGUGCAUUUUAUAUUCCGCACUUCGAUGAUAAAGGGCUUCUCGACUGCCCUGUCGGUAUUCACGGAGCGAUUCAUGUUAUACACGGCGGUCGUCACCUUCGUCCUGAUUGGUGGAGACAUUCGGUCCGAGAUCACCUACUCCCUGGUGCAGUACUUCAACCUGCUGCAGCUGGCCUGCAAUAUAUUUUUCCCGCUCGCACUCGCCUACCUAGCAGAGACGAAAGUCACAAUCAGACGACUCGAGGAAUUCCUUAUGCUUGAAGAGCUGCCGACUGCAAAGGCUUUAGAAGCAUAUGGCAAAGACAUCUUAUCUUUAGGCAAUGGAGACACGGAGAAGUUGAAGAUGGAGAAAGUAAGGCCCAACUACACUGGUUUGGUGCUAAACGGUCUUUGUGCUAGUUGGGACCCCAGUCCUAUUGUGGACACUCUGAGGAACCUCAAGUUCAGCGCCAAGCCCGGAGAAUUCGUCGGUGUGGCUGGGCCAGUCGGCGCUGGAAAGUCGUCCCUGCUACAAGUGAUCCUGGGCGAGCUGCCGGUGUCGCGCGGCACGCUGUCGCUGGGCGGCGCGCGCGUGGCGUACGCGAGCCAGGAGCCCUGGCUCUUCGUGGCCACCGUGCGGCAGAACAUCCUCUUCGGACUGCCCUAUGACCGAGUGCGCUACAAGAAGGUGGUGCACGCGUGUGCCCUGACUCGUGACUUCGAGAUAUGGCCGGCGGGAGACUCCACGCUGGUGGGCGAGCGCGGGGUCAGCCUCAGCGGCGGGCAGCGCGCGCGCAUCGGACUCGCAAGGGCCUGCUAUAGAGAGGCAGAAAUCUAUCUUUUGGACGACCCGCUGUCAGCGGUGGACACUCACGUGGGCAAGCACAUGGUGACGGAGUGCAUCCAGGGGCUGCUGCGGAACAGCACCGUCAUCCUCGUCACGCACCAGCUGCACCAUCUCCGCGCCGCCGACAACAUCGUCGUCUUGAGGAAUGGUGAGAUCGAGACGCAGGGCAAGUUCGAGCACGUGUCCAGCUCGCCGCUGUUCAACGAGCUGCUGGAGGAGGAGGACGAGCCGGAGAAGCCCUCGGAGGCCAAGAUCCAGCGGCAGCGCACCAUCUCUGUGCAGUCGAAGACCAGUGUGAGCACUGUGAACGACGGCAAGGCAAACGACGACGAAGAUGACGAUCAAAAUGAAACUGACGAACUUAUGGAACAAGGUCGUGUGUCGGGCUCGGUGUACAAGGACUACUUCAAGGCGGGCGGCGGCUGGGCCACGCUCUCCUUCACGCUUAUUGCCGUCAUCGCCGCGCAGGUCGUCACGUCCGCCAGCGACCUCUGGCUCACUUACUGGAUGAACACAGUAGAAGAUCGUGUAAAAGUAUUAGCUUUAAAUGAAGAAACAUCGAAUUUCACCAGAUCAAGUAACAUUACGGAUGAAUUGACAACAGUUCUACCAGAGACCACCCUAGAUGUUAACUCAAGUUUAACUGAGCCGAAUAUGACUGUGAUCGGGACCAUGGUUAAAACUGCUUUGGCGAUGACAAAUCUAACCAGAUUGGGGGACGACGGUCAAAUUGACCAUCCCUACUUUAUUUACAUAUGGGGCGUUUUCAUUUUUGGAUGCAUUGUGCUUACGACUGGAAGAUCUAUCCACUUCCUGUGGGUGUGCAUGCGCAGCUCAAUCAACCUCCACAACAAAAUGUUCAGUGACAUCCUGCACGCCACCAUGCGUUUCUUUGACACCAACCCCUCGGGACGUAUCCUGAAUAGAUUCUCCAAGGACAUGGGAAUCAUUGAUGAAAUUCUACCCAGGAUGUACUUGGACAGUAUUCAAAUCUUCAUGGUGAUGAUGGGUAUUCUAGUAAUGGUUGCCAUCGUGAAUCCAUACAUGAUGCUGACUACCUGCGCUUGUGGUGCCUGCAUGUAUGUGUGGACAUUGCUUUACCUGAACACGGCACAGGCUAUCAAAAGAGUGGAGGGCGUUACCCGUAGCCCGGUGUUCUCUCACGUGUCUGCGAGCAUGGCGGGGCUGGGCACGGUGCGCGCGUGCGGCGCCGAGGCCAUGCUGCGCCGCCAGUUCGACGAGAAGCAAGACGUGCAUACUGCCGCAUGGUACCUGACGUUAGUUACCAACGCCGCAUUUUCAAUUUGGCUGUGUUUAAUGUCUGCAGUCUACGUAGUCAUCGUGGCCUACACCUUCCUUUUGUUGGAUAAUGAAUCGACCAAGUCUGGUGACGUAGGCCUAGCCCUCAGUCAGGGUCUGAUUCUGGUUAAUAUGGUCCAAUACGGAAUCAAGCAAGCCACUGAAGUGAUAUCGCAGAUGACGAGCGUGGAACGUAUCAUGCAGUUCACGAAGUUGCCUCAGGAGCAGGUCGAGGGGCCGUCGCCGCCGCCUGCUUGGCCUAAGAAGGCCAAACUUGUGUUCAAGGAUCUCUACCUCCGAUACGACCAAGACUCCGACCCAGUGCUUAAGAACCUUAAUAUUGUUAUUGAGAGUGGAUGGAAGGUGGGCGUGGUCGGUCGUACGGGCGCCGGCAAGUCGUCGCUGAUCUCUGCUCUGUUCCGUCUGGCGCCGCUGGAAGGGCAGGUGCUCAUUGACGACGUCGACACGGGCAAGAUCGCACUCAAAGACUUGCGCUCAAAGAUCGCUAUCAUUCCUCAAGAACCGGUGCUAUUUUCGGCUAGUUUACGUUACAACUUAGAUCCGUUUGAGAAGUAUUCAGAUGCUGAUAUCUGGAAGGCUCUAGAACAAGUGGAGCUAAAGAACUUGGUAACGUCAUUAUCGUCGGCGGUGCAGUCCGGUGGUACUAACUUCAGCUGCGGGCAGCGGCAGUUGCUCUGCCUGGCGCGCGCCGCGCUCGCACGGAACAAGCUGCUCGUGCUGGACGAGGCCACCGCUAAUGUUGACCCUAACACUGACGCGUUGAUCCAGAAGACAAUCCGAACCUGUUUCGCGGACUGCACCGUUCUCACCGUCGCUCACCGGCUGCACACCGUUGCCGACUCCGAUAGAGUUAUUGUUAUGGAUGCUGGUCAAAUCAUCGAGAUUGGACACCCACACGAGUUGCUUCAGAACGCGGAGGGUUCGUUCAGCGGCAUGGUGAAGCAGCUGAGCCCCGCGGCCGAGCAGAGCCUGCGGGACUCCGCCGCCCGCGCGCAUGCGCAACACAUUCGCUACGUUGACGAGGAACAACAUUAGCUAGAAAACUAAUAAAAUAGAACAUUUCUUGCAUGUAAAUAAUUUUAUGUGGCAUUUUACUUAGAUAAUGCAUUUCUCGUUUAACUUCUGACGGGUCGAUUAAAUCGAUAAAAACGAUACUUUGUAUACUUAAACCAAAUCAAAUUUACCCCAGUUAUUGGGAGUUGGUACUUAGGUUAAAGGAAUUACUUACCUAUUUUUAUAAUUAUUAGUUUACUUUAAUUAGGUACCAAUUAAUUUGAUUUAUUUAUUAAUUUGUAAUAUCGGCCGCUUUAGGUCUAUGUAUAAUAUAAUUUAAUUCUGUGAAUACUAUUUAUAUAAAAUAUUAUAUGCUAAGUCUUAAGUAGCUAGUUCAACGAAUUUACUUCACAAACUUGAUAUACUUAAGCCCAUUUACUUAUUUAUUGUACUUAUAAAACAUUCCUGAUACUUAAUUGAAACAAUAUCUGUAAUAUGAUGUGCCUAUAAAAAGUUAUACCUAUAAAAAUAUUUUAUUAAAGUGCUCUUGUUAAAUUCUUAACUUUUGCAGUUAAGCAAGCGGAGUUAUUUCAGAACCAAUCCUAUCUUAACUUUUGGAUUGUCUUUCUGUUCGAGAUUUAAUAUAAAUUCAUGGUUUCUGGCUCAAAUCAGUGGAAUUUAUAUACACACGUGUGUACACUUGGCCUUAAAUGCAAAUUUGUAGAGUAGACGAAUAAAUUGUUGGUUUUUAUA